AUGGCUAACUCUAAAUUUGCAUAUGUUCGCUCUUUCGAGCUCCCCGACCCACUACUUCCAUCAACGUACAUAGUAUGCCGACUAGACGGCCGGUCCUUUCACAAGUUCACAGAUGUCCACGGGUUCCUGAAGCCAAACGAUGAACGCGGGCUUGGGUUGAUGGACAGAGCUGCGGAGGGAGUAAUGACUGAGCUCAGAGACGUGGUGCUCGCUUUUGGGGAGAGUGAUGAGUUCAGCUUCCUCCUUAAGAAACACACUACCCUGUACAAUCGACGAGAGAGCAAGAUUCUUUCUUCCAUUUUAUCUAUAUUAACGGCACAUUAUGUCUUCCAUUGGCCCGACUUCUUCCCGGAGACAAAGUUGCAAUACCCGCCCUCUUUCGAUGCACGAAUCGUGCUCUACCCUGGAGAGCAGGAAGUACGAGACUAUUUUGCUUGGAGGCAGGCAGACACUCAUAUCAAUAACCUGUACAAUACGACCUUCUGGGCACUUGUGCAGCAAGGCGAUCUCACCCCUACUGCCGCACAUGCCGAGCUCAGCGGCACUGUAUCUGCGCAGAAGCACGAGAUACUACACGGUAGAUUUGGGGUGAACUAUAACAACUUACCAGAGAGGUAUCGAAAGGGGAGUGUGCUAGUUCGCAAGCCCGUGAACAAAAGGCCACGCUCAAGACAACCGCCGCCAUGGGAUGGUACCAGCGGCGAAGUGGAAGUUUUGCAUGUGGACGUUAUCGCUGAUGAGUUUUGGGAGCAGAGACCGUGGUUGCUGCGAUAG